AUAAACAUUUAAUAAUUUUCUUGUCGUCAACAAUUAGGUAAAGUUUAAUCAUCAACCAGUACAAUCAUUUAUAUAUCUUUAUGAUUGAUUUAUUAAUCAAUUUUUCAUUUGUUACUAUUUGACAAAGUACACAUGUAGGCUCAUGAUAUGAUACAUGAUGUCACAUAACUAUAGUAAAUUCUAUAUUAGGUACAACAUAGUCAACAACCACUAUCGAAUGCAAUUUCAUAUUGGUUCAACCGCAAUCUCACCCAACUCUACGUCUAGUACAUAUAUAUACAUGCUAACAUAUAGUACUAGGACACAACUUAAAACACACUAAGUCGAUUUUUACUUUACAUAUAAUUAUGUCGGAACAAACGUACAUGUACGCCUACGUAACGCUGCCUCAUCAUGACCAGAGCGAAUGGUACUCACAGAAAUGUUACAGGGACGGAAGACGGGUGGUGUUGGCAAGCUAUGACUUGAAGGGACCAGGGAGAUUCAGUUUCAAAGAGAAGCUUAGGAAGUCGGCUAAAGGAAUGAACGAGGCGGCUGAGCAGUGGGUUUCAGAAGUACGGAGAGGUACGACCAAAAGACGUUUUGCGAUCAGAGUUUUAAGGACAAAACUUGGCUUCUAUUCUUUCUUCCUUCGUAGUGUCGGAUGUAUUACGUCUUGUUUAGGCCAUAGAGAUGUUUUCGUGAAGUAAUUAAACAAACCCUAAAGCAUUUAUCUACACAGGUAAGUAUUUAAUUUCAUAUAUAUACACAGUGUGUGUUUUCAAAGGAGAGUUUCGUGUGUAUACUUCAGUAUUUAACUUGGAAACUUUGUGAGUGAUUUACGGUUUGGAUGGUCUUGCAACUUAUUGUAUGUAUGUAUAUAUGUAAUCAAAACCAUUUAUGGAGUUGAGAAUUAUAGCUAAAUUUUUGUGCUACACUGAUUUUACUAGUUAAUUGUGUCCAAUAGAAUUAAACAUUUUUAGAACUAUUAUAGCUAAAUUUUUUGUACUACACUGAUUUCUGUUAUCAACAAAAGUCAAACAAGAAUGAUAAAUUUAGUCUCAGUGCAGUCGACAUCACUACGUCCACUUUUAUACAAUGUUAAUUUUGCCUCAAAACAAAAUUGAUUCACACCUAAGUUCACGGCGUCAGUCAUAUCUCUUCUUCUGUUGUUUUCAAUAACCUGCGAAAGUCUAUCUCUUCCGAUCACGUCGAAAGUCUAACCACACAAUGAUUUUGUAACGAUGUACUUCAAUUACUAAUCCGUUACUAAUAAUUAUAUGUUUCUUUAAUUCUCAUUUUCACACUAAUUUUCCAAAUAUUACCAUAGAUUAUGCAAAUGAUUUCAUUGAACAUAAAUAUACAACUUCUCUCAACUCACACGCAAAAAAUAAAAUUACUUAAGUAGAAAGUGUAGAUAAAUAAAUUUUCAAAAAAUGUUCACCAUAUUUGUAUCCAGACAAAGAAUAAAAUGAAAACAAAAUCAAACAAAAUUACCAAUGAAAUCUAACAAGAACAAUUGUGUGUUUACGCAUAACAAACCAUAUGAUCAUCUAAAAUAAUGAAAUCAACCAAUUGGAAG